AUGUUGAUUGGUGUGGAGUUAUUUUGGAAACUUAUUUGCGCAGGUCAGAUUAAAUCUUCCAGAACUCAGCCAAUUCUACAAAAAACUCUUUUAGGAUGGAUUAUAUCUGGUCCGACUCCGAGCAAUAUUUCAAGCUCGAGCUCUUCAGCUUCUAAUUGUUUAGCUGUAACAACAGAUCUAAAUCGUGCGCUCAGCCGCUUUUGGGAAAUUGAUCAUUUAGGGUCAUCUACGUCCGUUACGCCAGAAGAACAAGCCUGCGAACGUCUAUUUCAGGAUACCGUAAGGCGUAAUAACGAAGGGCGAUUCAUAGUUCAGCUACCAAUCAAAGUAGAUAAAUUAGUGAAUCUUGAAGAUUCCCAAGAAAUAGCCACAAAACGUUUUAAGGCUCUUGAGAACCGUCUUAAAAAAUCACCGAAAUUACAUGUGGAAUAUAAGCUAUUCAUCCAAGAGUAUCUACAGCUUGGCCACAUGCGUGAAGUUACUUCUCAUUUGAAAUCAACCCACAAGAAUUAUUAUUUACCACAUCACGCGGUAUACAAAGAGACGAGCACCACGACUAAAUUGAGAGUUGUUUUGAUGGUUCCUGCAAAUCUUCAAGCGGAAUUUCAUUAA